AUCCGACCCUUAUUCCGGAUUUUUGUUGCAGAUUGAGAUUGUUCAGGCUCCAAGAGUUCACAGCUCCAAAGCUAGAGUGAUUUUCUCUUUCUUGGUCUCUUUCAAUUCUUUAUUAAUUUUAUUUUUACCAUUUUUUAAAUAAAUUAACUUCUUUAAAUACCGAAAGGUACAAAGAAGGGCAUAAUAUCGUCUGAUCAAAAAUCAAACCCGAGUCUCUAUCUCCUCUUUUUCGCCCCUACGCCUCUUGAAUCUUGCUCAUAUAAUCCAUCAUACAAGGUGCUUUUCAUCCUAUUUCCUAUUUAAUUCUUAGUUUUCGUAUACAAUUCGUGUCCGAUGUUGUGAUCUGCUUGUGGGUUUUGUUUGUUUUGGUGGAAAAAUUGAAUCUUUGAGUUUUCUUGUUGGAGGGGGAAAAUAGUCUAUAGGUUUCGGCGAAUUCAAGGAUUCUUGCAUAAAUGGAAUCCACCAAAGAGACUGGUUGCCAAGCUGCAGAAGGUCCCAUUUUAUGCAUAAACAACUGUGGCUUCUUCGGGAGUGCUACGACGAUGAAUAUGUGCUCCAAGUGUCACAAGGACAUGAUACUGAAACAACAACACGCCAAGCUUGCAGCAUCAUCCAUUGAGAAUAUUGUAAAUGGUGGAUCAAGUAGCAACGAGAAAGUACUUGAUUUUGCUGAUGCAGCCAGUGUUGAAGCAGGAUCAGUCGAGUUGAAGGCAGCCCCCGAACAAUCAUCAAAUGCAGAGCCGAAGGCGAAGCAGGGCCCGAAUAGAUGCACUAUCUGUUGCAAGCGUGUGGGUUUGACACCAUUCAAGUGUAAGUGUGGGGACCUCUUCUGCUCAAUUCAUCGCUAUGCAGACAAACACGCCUGCCCGUUUGAUUACCAGGCUGCUGCUCGGGAUGCUAUAGCAAAAGCCAACCCUAUUGUUAAAGCUGAGAAGGUCGACAAGAUCUAGGAGUACGGCCUCAAAGUCGUGAAGGGAAAACAUGAUGCUCAUUUUGUACAUCUUUGCAUCUUUGUGUAAGUUGGGCGGUAUCUUGAAAGCUAUCUAGUUGAUCUUUGGUUGGAUGGGGUAAGGCUAUGGUAUUUGGCUAUAUUUCGUUUUCUUGCAUUCUACGAACCUUUCAGUUCUUGCCGAUUGACUAGGUCAUCUUGGUUCAUCUAGUGUGUAAGUUGUUAUUUGCUGGCCCAAAUCAAAUUGUUCGUGGAAUUCAUGACUAUGCAUUUUACACCUCUUUUCUCA